GGAUGAGCUACAGCUCAGCUGUGUUAAUGAAAGGGAACCUGCUGUGAUGAUGCCGCAGAUGCUGGUACUGGUAGGGCCACCUUCUUCCUGAGAAGCCAAUAAAAUCGAAUCAAAGAAGGUGAUGAAGAAAGGGAAGCGAGCUUUGUGAUUAGAGAUGAUAUUUCCAAGUGCCUGCCUUGAGGAUGCAGCAGGUACUGCCAUUUGUCGAUGCAGGUGUUGAAAAGUCAAAUACUGUGUUGCGUGUGUUAUACGAGCCGCGGGAAGUGUUUUGAUGGCGGGCAGAGCGUCGGUGUUCCUCAGCGGCUGUCACCGCUCGACCUGAAGACCACAGGCCGACAGCGUGCACCGCCAUGUCGCCCCGAAGUGUCCCCCCGUGCUGCGUUGCAAGUGAGGAAGAAAGGCACGAUGGUGGCCGACAAGAAGACCAGGCUGAGCACAGCCAGGGAGGAGCUCAAUGAAGAGAAACCUCAACGGGAGAACAAGUCGAUGGAUGCCUUUGAAGUAGUAUCGAGGGAAGAGGAGAAAAUGACAGCCAUUGAGAGAAGAAACGAUGAUGAGGACGACGCGGCGGUCGCUGCAGAGGAAGAGGAAAAGGAGAGCAAAGCAGUGGCGGUGCUUCCUGUGAGCCCGGUGGUAGACCACCUAAAGGUCAAGCUGUUGGAGAAGGAGAAGGAAGCGGAGAUUCUCGUGGUAGAGAAUGCGAUCUUGAAGACGAACGCCGAGGCGGAGGCGAAGAAGAUGGCGGGCGCAGCACGGGCAAAGGAAGCGGAGCUCAUGGCGAAGCUGGAGUCGACGGAGGAGCUCAAAGCGAGCAGAGCCAAAGCGGACCGGCUGGCGGAGCAGCUGGAGGCGGCGGAGGGGGCGAAGGCGGCGCUGGAGGCGGAGAUGAGGCGGCUGAGGGCGCAGACGGAGCAGUGGCGGAAGGCGGCGGAGGCGGGCGCCGCGGCGCUGGACGCGGAGGGGAGAAGCUGCGGGUCGAUGGACAAGCGCCUCGAGGCCUGGCACGUCGGUUGGGGGUCGCCACUGAUGGCAGGGGACAUGGACGACGACGGUGCUGGCGGGGCGGCGUGCGGCGGGAUAAUGAAGGGAGGCGGAGUUUGGACGGUGGUAGACAUUUGGAAGAAGAAGAAGAAGGGGGGACAGCAGCAAUGAAGCACGAGAGGGAAGAGUAGGGAGUGACUGCAUGGCUCAUCAUCACGCCGCCUUUUGCGUUCGUCUUCAUGUUGGUUGCAAAUUUCUGCGUUUAAGUGUGUUCUGUUUUAUUACCCUCUCCUUUUGGACACUUCAAAACUACAAUGAUCCAAAUACGAUCAACAAUAUGUAUUUGGAUCGUCUUCUCAUUUAGGCGAUCUGUGAGUCACAAAAAAGACUGAACAAAACAUAUGAUGCUUCCAA